AUGAAGAGUCUUACUGCCGAUGAGAGAUUCCAGUUGGCGGGAGUCUACUCUGCUCCAAAAGGCCUCUACGAGUACACCAAGAGUCUGCCCUUCACUGGUCGAGUGAAGAGUGAUGUGACAUCGCUUGUGGCCGGUGAGUGGACGGAAAUCGCGCUGGACUAUGAAGUUGGCGCUUCGGGUUUAGCAGAUGGCGCUUGGAUUAAAGGCACUUUCAAGUUUUACUCGGACUGGGCAUUGUUCCAGACAUCAGAUCCCACAAAAGACAACUAUGUCAGUGCUGAGUAUAUUCCCAACAGCCUUUUCCCGGAACAGACCGCCGCGACAGUCCAGUCAUUGGGCAUCCGAUUCGACCAAAAGGGCCACGAGCGACCUUUUCAAAAGGCUCUCAUCGUGGAUAUCCAAGACGGCUAUAUGAAUCCCGGUGAUCGGAUUAUCAUUCGCCUGGGCGACCGUCGCUAUGGUGGCAGAGGAACGCGGGUCCAGACAUUUAUAGAAAAAGACUUCCGCUGGAGAUUUUACAUCGAUCCCGUCGGGACUUCUCGCUUUGCUCCGAUUCAGCCUGAUAUCUCUUGGAACAUCCUGGCCGGUCCUAUCUAUCGCAUUCAAACAGUUUCUCCUAGAGUGCUACAGCCAUCUGUUCUAUUUGCGAUUCACUCCCACGCCGAGGAUAUCUGGGGAAAUGUGACCAGUGAUCUCGAGGAUCUUUCCUUUGAGCUGAAAAUUUCAGACAAGGACUCGAAGGUCGUGAUUUCAAGGGUUAUUUCUGUCCUAAAUCAUGGCUGGACCAAUGCUAUAUUUUCCGACCUAAGCAUAAAAGAUGAUGGAGAUUAUACGAUUGACGUAUCCGUGAAAGCUAAGGAUCAAACAAUCAUUGCAUCUCAAGUCUCCCAAAUCACAGUAUCCUCCGAUCUUUCAGUCCCCAAGGCCUUGUUUGCUGACCUACAUGUGCACUCUGACGACACGGUGGGAACAGAGUCAUCCAUCUACAACUUUUCCUAUGGCCGAGAGAUUUCCGCGCUGGAUGUUCUUGGAUACACUGCCAAUGACUUCCAAAUUACAAAGGAACGUUGGGUUGCUACGACUGAAUUGAUAAAAUCACUCAACAAGCCCGGCGAGUUUGUUCUCUUUCCCGGCACCGAGUGGUGCGGGAACUCCGCGGCAGGAGGAGACCACAACGUUGUCUUCCUGGCCGAUCCAACGACACAUCCGCCCGAAUUCCCCUUCGAUCGUCAUGGGAAUGUUGCCCGCUCAUUUGAAUGGUCCGAGCAUGGCCCUAAGGAUCUCGUCCCUGGAGCUUGGCCAUUAGAUGAGGUAUACUGCACGUACGCCAAUGAUGCAGACACACAUUUGCUUAUCCCCCAUGUCGGUGGACGUCGCUGCAAUCUUGCAUGGCAUCAUCCUAAGCUAGAGCGCCUAGUUGAAAUUGGCAGUGCAUGGGGCCAGUUUGAGUGGCUUCUGCGUGAUGCUGUGCGCAGAGGUUGGAAACUUGGAGUCUCCGCCAAUUCCGAUGAGCAUCGCGGUCGAUGUGGUGGUGGUGUCCCCGGAACAGCAGUUUUCGGCACCCGAGGUGGUCUAACUGGGAUUGUGGCCCCAAGGCUAGAGCGCCAAGACGUAGCUGAUGCUUUACGAGCCCGCCAUACUUUCGCAACUACUGGCCAGCGAUUGGUGGGACUGGUGCAGACAGCCGAUCGAUCUGCUAUACAGGGUGAUGAGAUUCAACUCCGAAGUCAGGAGACGCUAGAACUAGAUUACCAGUUCUUCGGCGAGAAAGGAUUCUCUUCUAUCGAGGCUUUUGAUGCAUCAGGCUUGAUUUGGCGUAGACACUUUUGGUCUGAGUCUGAAGCGCCUGCUACAAUCUUACGAGUUACCUGGGGUGGAGCCAGAUUGUAUGACCGGUAUCGUGAAGCCGUUUGGAAUGGAACCAUCACACUCUCAGAGGAAGGCGCCGUGCAGAAUGUGGUGCCAUUCGGGGGCCUUGAGGACAACACAGAAGAUUAUUCUCGGCUAAGUGGGAAUCAUACCGUUGAAUUCUCAAGCAAAACAAGUGGUGAUGUCGAUGGCGUCAACAUUGCUCUUCAAGACAACAGCCGUCCGCGAAAAAUAUUUAUUGCAGGCUCACUUGGUGGAUAUGUCAAGGUUGGAGACGCCUUGGCCGGAAACCCCCACAAAGCCCAGCCGAAUUUCCAGCUCGAGACGUCCUGGGAGGAGGCCAGCCGUCAAGAUGGCACAAUGGUAGAAAUUCUCGGUGGCGCAGAGCUGUUUGUUCGCGUUGAAGCAAUCCCAAGAGUGGACCUACCACAGCGGACACAGGGAAGAGCAUCAUUCAGUAGUCAAGACACCGGAUCACGCUCGAUAUAUUUCGUUGGCCGGGAGUGGAGUGGCGGAAAAGUUGUCACCAGCCCUAUUUUUGUAGACUAUGUUUGA